CUUUUUUCUUCUUUUGGACUUCCUGCUCUCCCCUCCUCUCUCUCCGGGACCUCUGCCGCGUCAGGGGUCUUCCUGCCGCCAUCCGUCCACCCCCCCACCCUCCUUCUCCGUGAGGACUUCUUGCCGGGUUGCAGUGUUUCAGAUCUCGCAUUUCUUCAUCUUCCCAGCAUCAGUGGUUCUGAUCUUGAGUUUCUGCCUGAGGUCCACGCGGUUGCAGAUAAAAUAAUCCAACAUCAUGAAGUUGACGUCCUUUUCCAUUCCUUCCAAACCAUCCACCAAAAUCAAGAAACCGUCCACUUUCAAUGACGAGCCUGUUGAGAAAGCUGAAGAAGGACUUCAAUAUGUCACAGAGUUCGAUGGCUCUGCUCCUUUAACAAAAAAAUCCAAAUCAAUAACAAUCCCUAGGCAAGAGAAUACGUGGCGUCCUGAGAAGAAGAUGAAAAACAUCAACCUUGCCAGUGUAGAUCUCCAAUUUGAGACUGAGGUCGACGAAGAUCCAAAAACAAAUGUUGAAUAUGGGCUAAACCUUAGGAAUAGGGUUAAUAAUAGUGAACAACAAGAUGAAACAACUUCGGUUGCUGGGAAGUCAGUUGCAGAGAGUCUCUGGGAUCAAAAGUACAAAGAGGAUAUGGCAAAUUUGGCAGAUGAGGAUGGUCCAGAGAAGUAUGAGGAAGUCCCCAUUGAAAACUUUGCAGCAGCUGUGCUCUCUAGCUAUGGAUGGUCAGAAGGCAAGGGCAUAGGAAGAAAUGCAAAGGCGGAUGUCCCAGUUUAUGAGCAUCCGAGGCGAAUGGGAGGGUUUGGAGCUAUGGUCGACCCAGUGACUCAGAGACAGAUGCGGCACAAGAAUACAAUGCAGAAUGGAGUUGGUGGCACAAGUCAAAUUGACGAUGUGAAGAAUGCUAUUGGGCCGGAGUUUGGAGACAAGAAGGGCGAGGGAGGGAAGCAAAACCACAUUGUGUCAGAAGUAACGACUCGUGAUGAGGUAGACAAAGAUGGGCCACAAAAGACAAGAGAUUCACUUGGUGGUUAUGAGGAUCCUCAUGGUAGUUAUGAAGAUAAGAGAGAUAGGAGAAGAGAUGAUAAAAAAGUAGAUAGAACAUAUGAAGAUAAGAGAGAGAGGAGUAGAGAUGAUAGAAGAGCAUAUAGGGAUAUGAAGGAUAGGAGAAGAGAUGAUAAAAGAGGAGAAAAAGGACACCAUGAAGAUGGUCGAAAGGAUCAUAUUUCAAGAAUUGAUUACAAAGGGAAGAGAGAUGGGAGCAGAGAUGAAGAAAGGGUGGAUAGAAGCUGUCAAGAAGACAAUAGAAGAGAGAGAGACAAAAGAGCAUAUGAGAGAAGUGGAGAUAGAGGCCAGUAUGAAGAGGGCAGAAAGAGAAGUAGUGAUAGAAACAGCCGUGAAGAAAAUAUAGUGGAUUAUGGGAGAGAAGGAGACAAAAAGCUUCACUCUAGAAGCACACAUGAAAGAGGGCAGAGUAAGAAGGGGGAUGAUGCUAAAAGGGAGAAGGGUAUUAACAGGGAUGAGUUCGUUGGUGAAAAGAUAAGUGAAGCGAAGGCUGUUUCAUGGCUUACUAACCAUAUUCGGGUAAGGGUGAUAAGCAAAGAGUUCAGACAAGGAAAGUUUUAUUUGAAGAAGGGGGAAGUGGUUGAUGUUACAGGGCCUUGGAAAUGCAUUGUGUCCAUGGAUGAAAGCAACGAAAUAAUUAAAGGAGUACACCAGGAAAUGUUGGAGACUGCUCUGCCAAAGCGUGGUGGCCCUGUUAUUGUUCUGUAUGGGAAGCAUAAAGGUGUAUUUGGCAAGCUUGUGCAGAGAGAUUCGGAAGAAGAGACCGGGAUGGUUCAGGAUGCGGAAACUUCUGAAAUGAUUACUGUGUCUCUUGAUCAGAUUGCAGAGUACGUCGGAGAUCCAAGUUACACUGGAUACUGAUUGCCUUUUUAAGAUACUCUUGAGUCUUGAGGACAAAGGAAUAAAUGAAGGAACUUGAUUUAAGAUAUUUCUUUGGCACAAUCAUUCAAGCAGGUCCCCUUUGCUGAAAUUUUCUCUUCUCGGAGCUGUGAAAUCAUGUUGUUCCCCAUGCUCGUCAUUCUAAGACAUGCCUCUCAGUAUUGGUUUGAACUUGAAGAUGAAGGCGCUUAGAUAGUCUUUUCUCUUUUUUCAUCAUGCUUACAUGUAUGUUGAUCCGGAUACAAUGUGGUUGCAAAAUUAAAUAUUCUUCUGUCUUACUAAACAAACUGUUCAUGUAUUGGUGGCUUACAGCACUAAUGGCCUCAGGCAAGUUUUCUUGUGUUCAUCCUCAUAAUUUGGGGAUUCUGGAUUUAACAAACACAUAUUGUUCAUUUUA